GAGAUCUGCCCCGUCUCUCACUCGAAGAUGUGAAGCGCGAAAUCUUACAAGAAGAUUUCCGCCGUCGCGAAUUGGCGGGUCCCGAUGGUGCCGGAGUUGCAAGCAUGGGCCGUGGGCACGGCCGUGGAAGGGGCAGAGGGCAAGGAGGAAGAUUUGGCAGCAGUAACUUCAAUAGAGGCCGUGCUGCAGCAGGAGGUGUGGAAGGCUUUGAGGAGCCAGCUACUGUGGGAAAGGUCACCCUUCACUCUCUGGACUUUUGGGUGAUCGAUAGUGGCGCCACCUACAGCAUGACACCUCCCAACCUGAUUUCCGUUCGGCGUUUGCAAAAGGCCAGCAUGGACACAUCUUCCAAGGGAUCCAAAACCUAUACCGCAAGGCUUGGUGAGCGGAAGCUUUGGGACCUUCAUGAGGACAGGGACAUCUACAAUGAGAUGUGGCAAAUCCCAGUGGUCCCCAUGCCUAAAGAGAGGCAAGUGGCAGCAAGCGUCAGCACCAAGCGUGAAGCGGUUGGUGGAGGUGAUCACGGAAAGCAAAGUGGCACCAAGAGUGACUCGAAGGAGUGCAACCUUGGAGAGACCAGCAAGGCGUGUGAACCCAAGGAGAAUGGUGCAGCAGCCAAAGGUGGUGGAAAUGAGGAGGAAAAGGCUAAGAUCAACAAAGCAGCAGCGGCGAAGGAGAAAGGAGAGAGCUUGUGGGGCACAAUUGCGAGUGCCGCUUUCUCAAACCCGACUUCCGCUACGGGAGAGUGUGAUUGGCUGACCUUGCAUCGGCGAAUGGGGCAUGUGGCAUUGCCCAUUUUGCAGCAGAUAGUUAAGCAAGAGAUGCUUGGAGCUGCUGGAGCAGAGUACUUCCUCACCAUUGUGGACGUCUACACUCGCAUGACUUGGGUGUAUGUACUGCCCAAGAAGAGUGACGUAGCUGAAACGGUGAAGACCGAUUGGUUGCCGAUGGUGGAGCGGCAACAAGACCGACUUGUGAAGGCGAUUCGCACUGACCUGCUCGCGGGAACCGAUCGGAUUUACCGCAAAGCCAUGAGAGCAUUCAAGUCCCUGCAGCAGAAGAGGAAGGAAGGGGGAGAAGGAGGACUCAGCCCCCCAAUAGGUUGAGCUAUGAACGGCUUGGAGGACCAGCCAACUCAACCUUGACCGGUUCGGCUCUCAUGCUAGGCGAUGAUGCGGAAGAUG